AUGGAUUAUGAGAUGGACCUCGAGCCCACAGGGCCACAGGUUACCGUUCGUGAGGCGGAACCAUACCGCGUCGACUUCCGGCUGAGCUCGGUAGAACUCGCCUUCGCCAACUCACUCCGCCGCGCCAUCCUCGCCGAGGUGCCGACAGUCGCACUCGACCUGAUCGAAAUUGAAAGCAACACCUCCGUCAUCCCCGAUGAGAUGCUAGCCCACCGUUUAGGCUUGAUCCCCCUCAACGCGAAGAAUUGCGACCAGGACCUAGAUUACACCCGCGAGUGUGACUGCGAGGACCACUGUGUGCGCUGUAGCGUGACGCUGUCGCUGCAUUCGCGCUGUGAAAAUGGCAUCAUGGCGGUCUAUGCGCGCGACCUGGUUGUCCAGGGCGAGCGUAUGAAUGAUACCAUCGGUGAUCCAGUCAUCACGGACCCUGAGGGGAAGGGCCCGUUGAUCUGCAAGCUGCGGAAGGGCCAGGAGAUCAAGUUGACUUGCCUGGCGAAGAAGGGUACUGCCAAGGAGCACGCGAAGUGGGCGCCCACUGCGGCUGUGGGCUUUGAGUACGAUCCUCACAACAACCUGAAGCAUGUGGACUACUGGUACGAGCAGGAUCCGGUCAAGGAAUGGCCGAUAUCUGAGAAUGCUGCCUGGGAGCCUGCCAACAACCCCGACCAGCCCUUUGACUACGACGCCGAACCGACUACUUUCUACUUUGAUGUGGAGAGCAUCGGUAACCUGGAGCCCGACAUGAUUAUCCAGCAGGGCAUCACGGCCCUGCAGCUCAAGCUCGCAACCACAGUCUCCGUCCUCUCCGGCGAAGGCGAGGACGGUCACGCCGGCGGUCCAGACGACGCGGACAUGAUGGGCGCCGGCGACCCGGACGCCUACGAGCCUCCUGAGGGUAUCGAUGGCAACCUAACUUCAUACGGUAACGGCGUUGCUGGAGCCUGGGGAGCCAGCGCACAGACCCCGUAUGGCGCCACGCCUUACGGACAGAGUACGUACGGUUUCUGA